AUGUCGACGUCAAUGCACCUAUCGCAUAUCCGGAAAUGGCUGGCUGCUUCUCCACCAGUCGAAUUUGUCGUUAGCAGAGUUCGGGAAUUACUCCUCGGCGCCUUGAGGCAGGGCCCAAUACCGCAACAUAUUGCGUUUGUGAUGGAUGGGAAUCGUCGAUUUGCUAGGAGCCAUGGAAUAGAAACAAUUGAGGGACAUCAUCUUGGAUUUGAAGCAUUAGCCAGGAUACUCGACGUUUGCUACAAAAGCGGUGUCAAAGUCGUAACUAUCUACGCAUUCAGUAUUGAGAACUUCAACCGAUCACAAUUCGAGGUCAACGGACUCAUGGAUAUGGCCAACGUGAAGCUUGCUCAACUUACGCAACAUGGAGAUAUCUUGGACAGAUAUGGGGCUAGCAUUCGGUUUCUUGGUCGUAAAGACCUACUCAGGCCAGAUGUCAUUGCGGCAGUGAACCGAGCCGUCGAACUUACAAGUCGCAAUGGAGACAGGGUCCUUAAUAUAUGCUGCCCUUACACGUCAAGGGACGAGAUAGCACACGCAAUAAAACAAACCGUCGUUGACUACAGUACGCCAUUAGAAGAAACGAGGGCAAACGAAAAUCGAAGACCAUUCUCAGAAUCGCACAUUGUGUCCAACAUCAAAGCACAAGCUUUUCAGGAUACAAAAGACCAGGAAGUAAGCGGUGACUCGGAUUCCGUAUCUGCGUUUUCGCAAGAUGACGAAAAUGGGCCACCCGGCGUCAACCAAACACACAAUGUAUAUGAUUCUCCUUCGUCCGUCUCAUCAUCUACAACUCUCCACCUUAAUGGCCAAGCCACUGGCAAUUCCGAAUUCUUGUCGUCCGAAACAAUCACCCCUCAGACACUUUCAGAGCGAAUGUACACGAAACACGACCCACCCAUUGACAUUUUAAUUCGGACCUCGGGUGUUGAGCGGCUCAGCGACUUUAUGCUCUGGCAAUGCCAUGAGGAUACAGAGCUUGUAUUCCUAGAUGUUCUAUGGCCUGAAUUCGACCUAUGGCAGUUUCUGCCCGUGCUUUGGAAGUGGCAACGAAGGGUCACGAAGUCAUGGAAAGGCGAGAGCGGUCUCGAUGCAGAUGAAUGGAGGAGUGCGAUAGACGCUAACCUAACUAUCAACGAGACAACGACGCAGAUCAAGGCAUAUUAG